AUGGUCGGAUCAGUUCACUUAAUAAAGGAAUCUAAAAUCAAAGAAACUUCAGCUAUCUUACCAAUUGCCGUUAUAAAAAUUAAAGACCAUUAUGGAAACUUUCAAACCGUACGUGCGCUCAUAGAUUCUGGAAGUAUGACUAACUUCAUCACUGAAAGAUUAUCCAAACGGCUUCGUCUGUUUCAUCGUAACACUUCAUUGGAGAUUAGCGGAUUGAAUCCAAUGAAAUCGGUCUGCAACAAGGGAUCAGUUGAUUGUUUGGUGCAACCAUACCAUGUGAGCAAUCCAUCUUUUGAGUUCCGAGCAGUAAUAACUCCUAACAUUUGUUCGAAACAACCGUCUUCUGAUGUUAUCAUUAAAUCGUAUCGUCACCUAAAGAACUUAAAUUUCCAUGAUGCUCAGUAUUCCGACGCUAAAGAAGUUGAUCUUUUACUUGGAGCUGAAUUAGAUCCACAGAUACUAACUGGUGGUAGCGUGAUGGGAGGUACUGAUGAUCCUAUAGCUGCUGAAUCUGUCUUUGGCUGGAAAUUUUGGGAAUUAGAAACCAUUCCUGAAACAUCAUCAGUAAAUAGGGACGAGCAAUUAUGUGAAGAUUACUUUCAAAAAACAUAUUGCCGCACUGAAACUGGUAGAUUUAUGGUUUCUUUGCAAUUUCGCAGGGACGUAAAAUUUCUUGGAACUUCAUAUCAAAAUGCGCUCAAACAAUUCAUGUCAUUAGAAGCUCGUCUGUUAAAAUCACCUGUUUUAAAUUCAGGUUACACAGAAUUUAUGAGAGAUUACCUGCUUUCCGGACACAUGACACCGGUUCCACCAAAUCAAAUUCAUAUUCAAACAUCGUAUUAUAUUCCACACCAUUGCGUUUUGAAACCAGAAAGUUCCUCCACCAAAUUGAGAGUGGUUCUUGACGCCUCUGCUGACUCUUCCACAGGAAUAUCAUUAAAUGAUUUGCUGUUCAUCAAAUCAAAAUUACAAGACAUUGUUCACAUAUUACUGAAUUUUCGAUGUUAUAAAUUCGUUUUUAUGUGCGAUAUUAAGCAAAUCAGCAUGUACCAAGCGUUCAAUACUUUCGGAUAUAGCCAGAAUUUAUGA